GUUUUGUUGAGGUGAACACUUUUAAGCAAUUUGGAUAAAUAUCGGUCAAGGUUUUUUAUUUGGAGGUUUUAAUGUUUAAUAAAAAAAUAAGUGAAAGAUUUUUAUCUGCGAGGAUUUAUCAGUAUAAAUAUCUAUUUGCAUUCAACUGACUGAGUGUCGAACACAAUAACUCCAAAAAUAAAAUGUAACAAUAAAUUUGCUUUGUUGACAUGGAUGUUUAAAAAGUAAUAUACAACUCUAUCAAGUGAAGGUCUUAGAAUGGAGAUAAGCUGAAGGAUCAGUGAUUUAUUAUAAAGUUGAUGGAUUUUUCAUGUGCAAACGAUCUCAAGGAAUUACGUGCAUACACUGAAUACGUCGCCUCAUCCUGUGAAUUGUGCUAAGUGAAUCCUCAAUGCUGUUAGAUGGCAUCAGUCGUGCAGCUGACUGUCACGUGAAGGAUGCAGAAUGCGGUCAGCAAAUGCGCCGUGGAAAUAAGUAUAACUUUUGAUGGAACAGAAACGGUAGAACCCGUGCCCGAGUGCCUACAGGAUGUCUUCCUCAACAAUUCUCUGAAUGAAGUCGAAACACAGCUAGAAAACCACAUAGUUCUACCAAAACGAUAUGCGCAGACGACAAGUAACUGUACGGAUGCAGCAAAUACGGAGAUCUGGCGGGAAAAUGAAAAUUGUCGUCUAGAAGAUAGGGAGCGAGACCUUUCUACGGCACUGGAGUGGAUAAAAGAGGAAAUGAAAAUAAUGAAGAAACAAGACAGAGCGAUUCUUCGGCAGUUUGUGGCCUUGCGGACCCAAAUUAUCCAGCUGCAGUGCCACUGCGAUGACUUCUUAUCCUCCACUUCCGACCUCAGCCUGGCAGGCAGCACCUUCUCAUUGGACGACGGACCAGAUGGGCCCUAUGGCCGCAACGGAAACUUCCGCUGUAGCCCGGAUUUGGAGCUGACCGAGUUCCGGGAGCGCACGUCCUCUUUGCUGCUCCCGGGAGCCCGACCCGCUCGCCCGGUGACACGGGUGAAGUGGAAGAGUAACGAGUAUUUGUGAAAAAGUGAACAAUAACGCUGUGCCUUUCUACCUCUUAUCAAACCGUAAACUCUAUAUAGGUGCUGGAGAUGCAUGUUCAGGGGUCCAGAGUAUAUUUAUCAUUCAACCAGACCUAUAUAGACUUUCCUCACCACAGCAAGUUACUUAGUUCUCGUUGAUAAGACGCUGUAGUCUGUACCACUACUAUAACCGGAACAGACUGAAUAUAAUGACAAAUGGGCCAGAGAAAUGGAUACCUUAAUAGGAUGGUAAUUAAUCGCACGUUAGGGAUAGGUGCAGCAUAUAUAUCAUUUGUGUUGUAUGGUAUUGAAAGGCAAUAUAUCUGCUUUCUAUGAAUUCAAUAGUUGUAAAAGUGCUGCAAUGUAUAAUAGGAAUUAAAAUUUAAAUAUAUUAUAUUCGUUUACGUUUGUGGUUUACAUGUAUGUGUAAAUAAUUCAGUAUGUAAAGAUCAUUUGUUUCUUUCCAGCUAUUCUCAACCUGAUAGUUCUAGUUAUUGUAAAUAUUCCAAAAAAACACACACAUUCGA